GACAAAAAAGCUGCUCCGAAGGUUGUUUUGUACUGAUGGGAUUGUCUCAGUCACAGUGAGUCGCACGCUCUCUGAUUGAGGAAAUGAAUUCGGCACUCAAUCUCCGCACCGGAAAGAUGGACCCUGAAGCCGGAGGAUUGAGACUUCUAUGAGAUGACGAGGACAGACUGACAUCAAGAUCGCCAUCAAAAUGUCCGACCAGCAGCCGCCCGAGUUCCCGGGUGCGCCCGACCCCUCCACCCUCCGCCCGAUCGAGGUGUUUCAUCGUUCAAAGGGCGCAGCCUCGACGACUGCCUCCAACCUCUACAAACCCGAAGAACCCGACCUGGCGGUGCAAAAUGCGAUCAAAGCCCACCCCGCGGGUUACACCACGGCCGGCGCGGAGGGACACAUUGAAAGGGACAUGGUGUCGCAAUUAAUCGGAAACGAACUACCGGAUUUCAAAAACGACUUCUCCAACGUUUACACCGGCAAGGAGAAAAAGCCGAAAAAAUCGAAGGUGAAGUUAGUCGACGUCAGUCCGGUAUGCAUUGCAAAGGAAUCGCAUUUAGUUUUAGUAAAAAUUGCAUUACAAAUUUUGUCCAGAUCAAACAAAAGUGCAGUUUGUCAUGCUAAAUGAGGUAGAAAAGUAGAUCUAUCAUGCGUGACUACGAUUCAGUACUACGAGUGCGAUGCUUUUGCGAUGGAUAUUCGAAAGUGAAAAAAAACAGCUUAGCGAGCUUAGCGCACGACCCAGCGGGGAUGAAUGUUGCAAACCAUUUCGAAGGUAUUGAGCAGAUCGGCCCGGAGAAGAUGAUGUUACCGGGGGAAAAACCACUUGCAACCUCCUCCGCCGGUGGGGAAUCAUCAGCGGGACAGCAACAAGCUCCACAAAAUCAACCUGUCGUUCCUCAGAAGCAAAAAUCCAAGCAGGAGAUCGAACACGAGCAGGUCUCCUUAUGCUCUGCAAAAGUUGUAUCGCACUCGUACUAAUUGCAAUCAUGCAUGACAGAUGUCUGUCUUUAGGUUUUUCAGCAUGACAAAAACUUCUGUUUUGUUUUUAAAGAAAAUUUGUCAUGCGGUUUAUACUAGUGCAAAAUGCUUUUGCAAUGCAUACUCCUACGCAAACUACUACCAAACUCAUCCGCUUUCCACAAACGACCCGUUCGUGAAAAAAUCCGGGGAUGUUUCAACCCUAACCGCCGGCGCGGAGCACCAUUUAGAUCGACAUUUGUUGUCGAAAAUGGUGGGAAAUGAGUUACCGACGUUUGAAAAUCAGUUCGCGAACAUGGAUCCGGAGAAGAGGCGGAAGUUUGAGAAGAAGUUGAAAAAGCUCAAACUCGUCGAUCCGAAAGGGUUCAGUGCGGAGGAAAAACCGAAGAGUUACGGGACUGGGGGAUUAGCUUCGAUGGCAUUUGAUGGCGGCGGGAUGCAGCAGAACUACGUGUCUGAUCAUUUCAAACACGUGGACACGGUACACGAGAACGAACUGUUGAAGGAGGUGCAUCAUUUUGAGGAGAUCGAUGUUUACGCGGCGUCGACGGUGGGAAACAAAUCGGGGGUUAGUGGUAGGAGCGGGAAGUCGAAGAGCAGUAGCAAAUCGAAGAAAAGUGCAACUGCUGGUGAGAAGAGUAAUAAUAAAGCAGGGGCGAAAACUGGUGUGGAUGGCGCGACAAGUCCAGGCACUACACCAACUCCCGCACCAGGAGCUGCUCCCGCAGGAACUGCCGGGUCGGCAGAGCAGAUGAAGCCGCCUUCAACAACAUCUCCAGCGCAAAGCAAGAAGGUCUUGCCGUCGAAAGACAGUGUGUUUAAAGAAGGAGCGGAUGCUGGUGCUGGAGAAAAGGCGAUGGAUGAACAAGGAGCAGUGGAAGAAGAAACUGUGACUGGUGGUCCAGAAGAUCCUCCUGCCGGUCCUGCUGUAACGGAGCAGCCACCAGCUGCGGAUGCGAACACAUCUCAGAAGCAACCACAACUAGACGAGAACCAGAAGAAAUUGCCCGCUUCGUGGCAGAAAGUCUUGGCCAAAUCAACAAGAGCCGGGACAACAGGAACCGCCGGUCAAAGGCGGUGGCAAGCUGCGAUGAAAUUGGUGAUAUCAAAUGUAAAAAUGUCUGGAUCUGGAAGGUUGGAACUUGUGAUGCUAAAUCUGAAGCAUCCAAAAAUCUGUGUUGCAUGAUUACCAUAAGUCGUCCAGUUUUGACCAAGUCGGGAGGGAGUUUCUCAUGCAGGAUAGGCAUCCACGAGAGAGAUCGCGCAGAAUCUGUCGCGCUAGGUCCUGCAUUCCAGACCUCAUGGGUCAUGGACAAGCUGCGUGACAAGUCGUGCGCUCUUCCAGACCCAGACAUUUUUACAUUUGAUAGGUGAAGGCGGAUAGCAAAACCGCGUCGCCCAGUGCUGGUGGUGCGCAGUCCAAGCAAACAGCGGGAGCUGCUGGUGCUGGCGUGGAACCAACAGUACUAGUCCCUUCCCCUGGUGUAGUAGCUGUUCCUACCGAAAGUCUUCUAGCACAAACACAAUCAGCCUCCACUCCGGAUAACUACGCGAACAACUUUUUCAUGCAACCGACACCGGAUAGUGCCAGUCCGAUGAAAGCGAAUUAUUUGCUGGCGGAUAAAGGUGCUCUGAACAGCAAAGAUGACGACACCAAAAGCCUCGGCGGCGCAUCGAAGGUGUCUUCUUCUAGCUCCAGAUUCGCCGCAUUGGACGCUUUUCGGAAGAGUAGAAGGGAAUUAGCAGCGGUGGAGGAACGGGAGAGGCAGGAGAAAGUGAAAGCAGCAGCAGCGGUUGCUGCGGGAGAGACCGGUGGCGACACUGCUGCAGCGCCACCAGGUGUAGUUGAGCCAGCUCCUGUUAGUACAGGAGAAGUUCCAGCAGCAGCUACAAGUGUCGCAGCUGGUGCAGAAGAUCCUGUUGUUGCUGCUCCGGUGGAAGAAGUACCACAGGAACAAGCAACCGCAACACCAGACGCACCAUCGGGUGUUGACCCAGAAGCCGGUGCACCUGCUGCUCCAGCUCCGGCAAAUAAAGACGAAGUUGUAGCGGAGCCACUUCCAGUAGCAGCAGAAACUGACACACCUGGUGCUGCGCCCGCAGUUGCAGUUUCUGCAGAUGAAGUGGUUGUCCCUCUGGAUGAUGAAACUGCAGUCGCUACAGCUUCUGCUGCUCCGGCGAAGGAAGUAGAUGAAACGGCUCUAGUAGAGCCACAGCCACCCGUAGUUCCAGCCCCACCUGAUGGAGCAGUAGCUGCAACAGCAGAAGACGUCGCGGCACACCCAGACGCCGCUCCAGUAGAGCCGGACAACUCCGCUCCUGUUGAACAAUCCGUAUUGCAAGACAUACCAGCUGUCAUGCCAGUUGGUCAACAUGAACAACCGCAGGUUUUGGAAGCGGAGGGUGAAGCUGCCGGUGGGGAUGAUGUGGUCGUGGAGGAGGAGAUAGUGGAAGAAGAGCCUGGAGUUUCAGCGGCAACAGAAGCCGUCGUAGAAAGUGAAGACGCCCCAAAAGAAGUUCCACCUGCGGACACUGCAGCCACUCCUGCUGAUGCUGUUGAAAGCACCACCGCUGCCCCUGGAGAUCCUGCACCAGCACCUGGGGAAGCUGAGGGGGCAGAAGAGACUCCAGCUGUUCCGACAGACGGAGGAGCGGAGGCUGCAGAUGCUGAUGCGCCGACGGAGGGUGGAACGGAGGGUGCAGCUGAGCCACCAGUUUUUGAAGAGCCACCUGUUACCGCAGAACAACCAGAGCCCGCUGCUCCCGCUGUCGGCGAAGCAGAAACAGCAGCUCCUGCUGCAGAAGAACUGUCGCUCCCUGCUGUAGACGAUACUUUUACUGGAGCUGUUGAUGAAGCCGCAGCAACAACCGAGCUGCCCGCAGAACAAACCCUACUUCCGCCAGCAGAAGACACCAAAGAGGGAAGCAAGCAAAGCGCCAGGAGCGGCACCGGUGAAACGGAAGAUGUAGUUGUACCGCCAGCCGAGCAGGUCCCAGAACCGACUGCAGAAGAACGCGCGGUUAUGGAGGGAGAUGCUGUUGCGCCGCCACCUGUUGCUGCUGCUGCGGAAGCAGAAGCUGAUGCAGGUGCGCUGCAAACGGCUGCACAAGUAGAGGAACCUACAGGUCCAACUCCAGCUCCCGAAGAACUACCUGUACAAGAAAACAGCAACACCAACCCCGCCAUCGUAAUCGACAGUGUCUCCCCGGAGAAAAUCCUCUUUUCUUCCACAAAAAACCCCUCCGACCUCUACCCACCUGCGAACAACGACAACCCUUAUGAGUCCUCCUUCGUCGAGUCCCCGGACGCGGUGGAUGGUACUGUAACAAAUAACCAGUCGCAGAGCCUCCCGAGUGCUGGCGACAUGGUCUCUGUAACCGCGAAUGAAGUGUCGGUCGUGUCGCAACAACAGAACAACAGUACGGCGAGUGCGGCGGACUUUGUCACGCCGGCUAAUAGCAAGUCUGUUGGGAACAAUAUCCCACGAAAAAAGUGUUACAGUUACACAUUUGUAGUGAAUUCAGCAACACAAAUUUCUCUGCAUGAGAGAGAAAACUUGUAAUGCAGAAAUCCUAGUACGGGAAAACACCUAUUAAACGAGGCUCCUAUGCAUAUCCGGCAUGACAGAGCUUGCCUGUCUUGCUUGACCUGCAACACAAUGUGUAACUGUAACACUUUUUUCUUGUGAUAAACAAUUUGGUUUUCGCCACCCCGAUGGACGACCAGGUCGUGGCUGAACAAGCUGUAUCAAAUGUAAAAAUGUCUGGGUCUGGAAGAAUGCAACUUGUCAUGCGAAAUCUGAAGCAUGCAAAAAUCUGUAUUGCAUGAUUACCAAAAGUCGUCCAGUUUUGACCAAGUCGGAAGGGAGUUUCUCAUGCAGGAUUGGCAUGAGAGAGAUCGCGCAGAAUCUGUCAUGCUAAGUCCUGCAUUCCAGACCUCAUGGGAUAUGGAAAAUCUGCAUGACAAAUCGCGCAUUCUUCCAGACCCAGACAUUUUUACACUUGAUAAGCUGUGCAGAUUGUAGCAGAUUCCGUUGACAUACCAGCGCCCACAACUUCUAUGCAGGAACAGCAGCAAGCUGCUCUUGACGAGAUCGGCUCACCCCCGGUCUUGGAGGAAGUUCUGCCUGCCGACGUUGUGAUUGAGGUUGACAAGGUAGAGGCUGAUGUGAAAAACGAGGAGGUUCCAGUCAAGAAGGAAAAGCACCGCCACCGUUUAGCCUUUGAGGACGACGAGGACAAUGGGGAACAAGAUGAGGAUGGUGAAGAACAACAGCAGAACUUUGUCGACGGCGCAUCAGUCGUCCCCGAUGAACGAUCCAAAACAAAAGCUUCGUUCCCCGAACAGGAGCAAGAACUUUUCCUCUUCGACAACGUCGUGAAGCAAAACGGUUUGGAUUUACCCCAGAUCAACGGGGUCGCUUUACCUGUGAGAACUACUACUGCAACAGCAGGGCCAGCUGUGCUGGAGGGGGAAGGGGAGUCCGCUGCAGUGGACGACACGGUUUUAGAAGAAGAGGACUUCAUCGAAGGGGGUGACGACGAUGAUGCAGCAGCUGCAUACGGUGAUAGAAAUAUUGGUCCGCCAGAUAAUUACAUCGAAGGAGAGGGCGAAGCAGCGGGUAAUGAUGCGGAAAUCGACAUUGAGGAAGACGAUGACUUUGAAGACGAAAAUAACGCGCCAGAGGAGCAACAGCAACUGUUAGAACCCGAUACUAAACAAGCUCUCCCGAUGAAAAGAGAGAGAAAACUCAAGAAGAAAAAACCAUCAGAGUUGAAACACGAUGAAGAGGGACACGUGUUCAAUCCGGGAUUACCGGGGUUGAAUCCCCAUCCAAUAACCUACGACCAAAGGAUGGUGUCCGACCAUUACGACCAGACAGUUCUCCGAGCACACAUGACCCCGGGGAGGAGACAAUUGUUACACACCCAUCACGAGGAGAUCGGGAAGAUACCAGCGAGCGUUUUGCAGGAGCCCGCGCCGGACAUUGCGAAACAAGCGCAGUUACUGUACACGUUGGUGUUGCCGUUGCCGAUGGUUCUGCUGUUGACGGAGAUCGCCGGUUUGGUUCUCGGACUGGGGAGCACGUACUUAGUUGUGCUUCUGUUAGUUGUGUGUUUGUUGCAUGAGAAGACAAUUUUUUCUGUGAAAGAGUGCAUGACAAAUUGAAACCACCGAAGUCUCUCUUCCACAUCUAUCAGGUACGACUUUCACUUAGUUCCCAACCUCCUCUUUCCUCUAACAAGCGUCGGUUUCAUGUACGCGGACGCGUUCUACAACAACCAACCCUACCGGAACAGCACAAAACACUAUACAUUGCAAAUAUGUCUGGGUCUGGAAGAAUGCAACUUGUCAUGGUAAUUCUGGAUAGUGCGCAAAUCUGUGCUGCAAGAUUACCAGAAGCUGUCCACUUUCGACCAAGCUGAGAGUGAGUGUCUCAUGCAGACGAGGCAUGAUAGUGGUCGGACAGAACCUGUCAUGCUGGGUCAUGUAUGACAGACCUCACGCGUCAUGGAAAAUCUGCAUGACAAGUCUCCUAACCUUCCAGACCCAAACAUAUUUCCAUUGCAUAAACACGUCGAAGUCGCGAUGAUCCCCUUUGCGGCGUACGUGGUGAUAGUGUCGAUUCUAACUUCCCCCUACAUUUUCAACUUGGAAACCGCUUGUUCCUGUGAGCCGUACGACAAGGUGAACCAAUUUUACCCAGACGGGUGCCGGCUGGCCACGCCGAAGGAAGCGAUGUUCAACUCGGGGACAGUGGCAAUGUGCCAGUUCCAGCACUUGCUCUUCAACUUCGCGAGGCCGAUAUUCGUAUUUCCUGAUUGCUUUUGUUUGAGUUUGUCAUGCAUAGAGCGCAAAUCUGAUGAAUCUGUCAUGCUUGUCAACGCAUUUGAAAAAGAAAAACACCGCUAAUAUCAGUUCCCCGUCGCCGGUAUCCUCCUUACAUUCUUCGUCAUCAUCCCAUUUGCCGUCGAGCUUUCUGCGCAACUUUUCGGGCGUGCCGCGGGGAAGAAAAUGAAGUGGGAUGAAAAAUUGUAUCAGUGGGUGGAGGAAGAGAGCUCCCACACCUGUUUCUUCGGGUAUCAAAUGCAAAUAUGUCUGGGUCUGGAAACUUGUGAUGCAAAUCUACGAAUUGUGCGCGCACUGCCAUAUGCAGCCCAGCAUGACAAGUUUUUGCGCAUCUGUGUGUUUCGUUUUUCGCAUGACAAACUGCGUUUUUGCAUGCCAGGCAAGAGGCCCUUUUCCUGCUCCUGCAUCACAGAUUUAAGACUCAUGCCAGACAAGCGUAACAAACUUGCACUCUUCCAGAUGAGACCCAGACAUAUUUGCAUUUGAUAUCGGCGACACCAUGACAAAAGCACAGUGGUUCUCCUAUUUCGGUAGAUCACCCGAGGAUACGAAAUUGUUGGCGCCGAGAGAGUUGAUGAAGCACGCGGAGAACGCGAAUAAGAAACCAGCAACGGAAACGGAUGCGUUUUUGGAAGAAAAACGGUUGGAAAAAGAGGAAAGGGAUUUGGAGGCGGGAUUGAAUGCCGGAGCAGAAGGAGAAAUCACUGGGGCGGGAGAAACUACUACACAAAAUCCCAACCCAGCCUUUGACCUCGACGAAGCACACGAGAAACUUCACUACCGGGCUGGGAUUUGCCACAGAUUCCGACGGAAACUCCUCUUCAUCGGCGCGAUCGUCGCUUUUAUCGCACUCGGGAUAACGGGGAGGAUAGUGUCGAAGUCGGUCACGAUUUACAACUUUUUGUUGAAACUCCGGUACUGGGUGGCGAUUUUGGAGGUGGUUUACCUCGGGAUGGUGUUAAUGGCGACGGACCAAGCGGAAGCGGAUAUCCCGUGUAAAAACGUCUCCACCCGAAAGUCAAGAUGGGAAAUCUGCUAGACAAAUCAAAAGGCUUUGGUCGUUGCGUAUCACAAAUUUGAUUUUGCAAUGUAGUCGUCUUUAGCUAGUGCAGCAGCAUCGCAGAUCUUGCACAUGAUGCUGAUGCAAGCAUCAGAAAUAUCAAAACACCACUGGAAAAUGCUUCUCAUGCGUCGCCGCGUGAGAAACAUUUUCAGCAUGCAGAUUUGCAUGACAACUCUGCGGUGGGGACGUGUUUACAUUGGAUACCGGAGUGGUAUCGGCUGAAAAUGGAGGUGCCGGCUUACGGGAGUACGGAAGAUGCGUAUGUGGAGGAAGAAACUACGGAACAGGAGGAUCAGGUGUAGUAGGAGAGUGGAAAGUUCUUUAGGAUUGGAAAAUCAAUAUAAGUGUAGCAAAAUUGUUUUGAUGAUGUUGGCGGGGUUUUCGCGGGGUGAGAAGAAGCGAGCUGCAGCUGCCUGGUGAUCAACUACUUUUUUUUGACACGCGCUGAUACCUUUUCCUUUCCGUACACAGGAAUCACCUUUAUCUUAGUCUUUGAGAACACACUUGAAAAAUUUGUCUUAGUCACCAGAUGGAAUAGCCAAUUGCAACAAGAAUGCGAAAGCAAGAUUAUCCGAAAUUGAAAUAAUACAACAAACUCAAAUACUGGAAUAACAACAAGCGCAUAAGAAUAUAGCAUCAACCGAAACUUCCAUUUCGACUGUACAAAAGGUGGAGAAACACAACCAUAGCAUCAAGCAUUCCAAGAAUGAAUUUACAGAGCAAAAUGAAUUUUUUCACACUGUACAAUCCAAGACGCGAUAGAAACCUGAGAAUGAGCCUGUACAAUUUGCGGCAUGAGACAGUGCAGUCUUUUUAACCGACGCAGAUAAUGCAGUCAACGGGAAAUACGGCAGGAACG